GCGUCGUGCCCAACGAUCGUGUAGGGAAGAAAAAAAUUUAAUAAAAGAAUUUAAGAGUUGCUGAAAUUAAGAUUCUUCAAGUAAUAAACUGUUAUUAACAGCUGCUUUGACAGUAUAUAACAUUUUAGCAUCACAGAAUGGAAUUUUUUUCUACUGAGCUCUACCAAUUUUUUGCAGUAUUCCGUUCCGACUUUAUUAAAAGGCAAGAUGAAACCCAAUUUUCUCAUCAGAGGCUUAUUUCUACUCAAAAUCUUUUACUUCACACUUUAUUAUUUAAAGACGUAACUAAAAGAAAAGCUUGUUUUCCUAUGCUCACCGCAAAUUUUUUAAAGGAAGUUGAUGAAUUGGAGCAUAUUGAAUCCAACGUAAAGAACUUUGAAGAUUUGUGUCAUGUUAUUAAAAAAGUUGGCAAUUGCCGUGAAGUUCCUUCUCGUAAAGAAGCUAAAGAAAUUUUUGAAUCUUUUACUUGCUCUGUAGGUGAAGAGUAUUUGAUUUCAAGCCUUGCAAGUUUAAAUAAUAAUCCCUCAGAAAUUAAAAUAGAUAAGCCACUUCAACCCGGCACUCCCUCUGCUGAGAAGUUGAAGUUGGAAAAUUAUCCCAAUUAUCACACAUCCGAAACUUUGAAAGAAAAUACCGACAUCCUCAAAGGUGCACCAGAUAAAUUUAUAUCGGCGCGGGAUCAGUGGGUUAUGAACAACAGAAAGCACGUAUUAAAGCAAGCUAGCGAAAAUUAUUACUCGUCUAAGAAUACUUUGAAAAAAGUUAUAGGCUUCAAACGAAGAGGAGGAAACAAUAAUAGGUUUGUAAGUCCAGUUAUUAAAACUACCGCAGGGACAAACUACGAAAAACCCUAUGAAUCAGAAUCGGAUCCCCGUUAUGCUAACUUAGAUCCAAAGUUGGUAGAAAUUAUAAACAGUGAGAUAAUGGACAAAAGGCCUGAUGUCACGUGGGACGACAUCGCAGGUAUUUUCAGGGUCACCUUAGGUACCCAUUUGCCGGAGCCCAGAACUUUUGCUAUAACAGGGCUUGAGUUUGCCAAGAAAACCAUUCAAGAAAUAGUCGUUUGGCCGAUGCUAAAACCUGACAUAUUUUGUGGACUGCGCAGCCCGCCUAAAGGACUUCUCCUGUUUGGCCCGCCAGGAACCGGUAAAACAUUGAUAGGGAAGUGCAUCGCUGGCCAGUCGGGAUCCGUUUUCUUUAGUAUUAGUGCAAGUUCCCUCACCUCCAAAUGGGUUGGUGAGGGAGAAAAGCUGGUAAAAACACUAUUCCAGGUAGCAAGAGCUAACCAGCCGGCUGUAGUAUUUAUCGAUGAAAUUGAUUCGUUGUUGUCCGCUAGGACAGAUGGUGAACACGAGUCUUCAAGAAGAAUAAAAACGGAAUUUCUAGUUCAGCUGGAUGGCGCCACGUCUAACAAGGAAGAGAGAAUUCUUGUGGUGGGCGCCACUAACCGCCCUCAUGAAAUAGACGAGGCAGCGCGACGGCGUAUGGUCAAGCGAUUAUACAUCCCUCUGCCAAAUGAUAUUGCGCGGAGACGAAUUGUUGAGAAACUGAUAGUAGAUACGCCUCACAAGUUAACCGACAGAAAUCUUGAGGACCUCGUAGAGCAGACGAGCGGCUACUCCGGAUCUGAUAUGUGCCAGUUAUGCAAAGAGGCUUCUCUGGGGCCUGUAAGGGAAGCCUUUCACUCUGCAAACGAAAAUAAACUGGAUAUCCGAAGCAUUAGCGCAGCGCACGUGCGGCCAAUCACAAUGGAGGACUUUGAAAGUGCUCUGGUGACUAUCCGACCCAGCGUAUCGCCGGAAGAAGUGGAGCACUGCUUGGCGUGGGACGCCAGGUAUGGGAGCAAAGAGAGAAUAAACAUUAACUAAUUCG